AUGACUACACCGAACAUCACCGGAGGAUCUGCUACUCCUUCAUUCGCAGAACAAGUUAUAUGCUAUGCUCCAUUGAUGAUAGACAGCUCGGGAGUGUGGCAGAAUGAAAACCCUAUGGAUUUCUCUAUUCCCCUCUUCCUAUUCCAAUGGAUGCUCGUCAUCAUCCUCAGCCGACUUAUGGCUUUCAUUCUCAAACCAUUGCGCCAGCCUCGAAUCAUGUCCGAGCUCAUUGGUGGCCUAAUGGUCGGCCCCUCGUUUAUGGGAGGGGGAUCGAAACUUGGCAAGCAUAUAUUUCCACCGAGAAGCUUCCUUGUUUUUGAUACGAUGGCAAACGUGGGUCUACUCUUCUUCCUCUUCCUGUUAGGAUUAGAGAUGGACAUAUCUGUGCUCGGUAAAUCUAGUAGAAGAGUGGUAGCCAUAGCUGUUGGGGGCUUACUGGUACCUCUCUUUGUACUAUGCGGCUUCUCUUUCAUUUUGCACCACCUGGAUGAGAGUUUUAAAUUGACCACGUUCAUGUUCUUCGUCCCUCUUGCCCUCUCCGUUACUGCGUUUCCAGUCCUGGCAAGAAUGUUAGCUGAGCUCAAGCUCCUCCACGUAGAGAUUGGAAGAGUAGCCAUCUCAUCUGCACUAGUUUGCGACUACUGCAUUUGGGUUCUCCUUAUAAUUGGCAUUUCCUUAGGGACAGAUCAAACUGUUUCCUUAUCGACUCUUUGGAUUCUUAUCUCCGGUGUCAUCAUUGGAUCCUUCUGUCUCUUUGGAAUCCGGCUUGCCAUCACGCGAUGGCUCAUGUUCAGAGCUCAAAUUCACGGAGAAGAGGAUAAGAAUUUCAGUGAGUUGACCAUUUGUUUAGUUCUUGCAGGGGCUAUGUUGUGUGCCUUCAGCACUGAUGCUGUGGGCUUGCAUUUUGCUUCGGGUGCAUUUGUUUACGGGCUGGCCAUCCCAAAUGGUCCUCUCGUAGCCGUCAUUGUCGACAAGCUUGAAGACAUGGUUAACGGCUAUCUCUUGCCGCUCUUCUUCUUUUUCAGUGGAAUGAAAACCAAAAUGUAUGAGAUUCAAGGGGGUUUCAUUUGGGGAAUGUUAAUCCUCAUCAUUUUCUUGGCCUGGAUUUCUAAGACUCAUGGAAAUGAUUAUUCUCAACAUUGGAUGGGAACAAAAUGUAUGUAUAUUAUAGAUAACACAGCCUACACAAUGAUGAUGAUCACAGCAGUUGUGACGACCGGGAUAGUGAUGCCUACUGUAGGAGCAAUUUAUCAGCCAGAAAUCCAGUUCAAAGCGCAUAAAUGGAGAACAAUUGAGAGUACAGCAUUCACAGCAGACGCAUUCGCAUACUUAGAAAUCCUGGCAUGCAUCCACAAUCCGAAAAGCAACGUUCCUACCAUUCUCAAUCUCGUCAGGGCUUCGCAUCCAUCUCAGGACUCCCUGCUAUCAUUGUUCCUCCUACAACUAAUCGAGCUCACCAAUAGAUCCUCUGCAAUACACAUUGUCCAGGGCAAUCCAGAUCAGCAAUCCAAGAACUGGGGAUCAACGUCGGGAUUCGACCACCUCGUGGGGGAGUUACUAGGGGAUCUAGAAGAGGUACUGACAUUCGCAUCGAUACAAACGCUGAUAACGGUUUCAUCCUAUUCCACAAUACACGAAGACAUAUGUAACGUGGCGAAAGACAAAGGGAUCGCGAUGAUCCUUCUGCCUUUCCAUAAACAGAAGACGGUGGACGAAGAGAUGGACACGAUAAAUCCAAAGUUCCAGAUGAUCAACCAGCAGGUACAAGCGAAUGCACCUUGCUCGGUUGGGAUUCUGAUAGACAGAGGUUCUGGCGGUUUGUAUAACUCGAACGAUUUCUACAACAUUGCGGUUCUUUUUUUCGGAGGAGCUGACGACAGGGAAGCGUUGUCUUACGGGUUGAGAAUGUCUCGACAUCAGAACGUGAACCUGACAAUUGUUCGGUUCGUGGCUCAUAACGAGGUGUUGGGAAAUGAAAAUAACGAAAGGGAAAUGGACGAGAGCUUCAUUGAAGAAGCGAAGAGACACCGUCAACAGGCGGUGGCGGCGUCGUGGAGGUUGAGUUACGAUGAGACGGUGGUGACGAGUUCGGAUCAGACGAUAGAAGUGAUCGGGUCGUUGGGCGGGAGUUACGAUUUCUUUGUGGUCGGGAAGACCCACAAAAUAGAUUCGAGUGUGAUGGCGGGUAUAGGGGAGUGGAGUGAUUGUCCCGAGCUUGGAGCCAUUGGAGAUUUAAUGGCAUCUCCAGAUUUCAAAAGUAAAGCAUCAGUUUUGGUAGUCCAACAAUAUUGCACUACUGCCGACUCCUCCUCAUGAAUCAAUC